AUGGCUGCCGCUGUACAGUCCACAAGGCCCUGGGACUUUUCCCACGUCCUCGAGCUGAUCAACACACUCACUCCAACCAAUUCUCAAGCAAAAGACAUGCCGGCACGUCCUUCAAUCACAAAACACGACAGUAUGAACGAGUCAUCCUCGUUACCACUUGCCUCACCGCUGCAGCACUUCAAUGCCGUCGACGAGGGCGUAUCGCUGGGCGACUUUGGCAAGAUCUGGCAGUACCUGGGCACUCCCCUCAACUCACCCGCACCCAAGCCCGCCAAUGCCUCCCCGACUCUUCAACAGCGCAUGCCUGAGAAGGCCGACUAUGCUAGUGACGGCGCCGCCUAUGGCACUCCCAGCAAGCGCAUCACAAAGGGUGGCAUCAAGUGGAGAGACGAGGUCAAUCUCGGCGAUCUCACAGACUACGCCCCGCUAGAGGACGACGAAGACGACAAGAAGUUGACCAAGAAGCAACGUCAGAAGAAGAACAAGAAAGAGAGGGAGCAAAGACAAGCCGCUGGUGCUGCAAAGGCCACCAGCGACAUUGACGAGCCCGAACUCCACACUCCCUCUUUCUACGAGACGCCCGCUCGCAAGGCCAGCACCCACGUCGUUUCUGCCGAGCUUGUCGGCAAGGCUCAACCUCCUUCGAGUCCUGUCAAGAUCCCAGCUACAAAGCUUGUGGCCGUCGAUGCCGCCAACACGACCAAGUCUCGCCAGCCAGAGAAGAAGGCUUCCACCCCACCCCAGCCUGAGCCCCUCGACUUCGACUCGCUACCGAAGUCUCUACCCAAGACAUUACCCAAGACUCCCGAAUCCAAGCACCAAAGAGAGUUCAACAAGCGAUGGCCAGUCUCGACUCCAUUUGCUAGCACCAAGACUUCUCCCCUGCUUCCCGCUUCUGUACAGCCUACACGUACCGCAUCUACACCAUACAAGUCCGCCGACGCAAACGCAAAUCCUUUCCACAAGGUACAGCAAGUCAGCGAGACUCCCACCAAGAACAGUCGUGCGGCUAUCCAGCCCAAGACCGUUCGCUCUGGCGAGGACCGCAACUGGGCCCUCCUCUUGAAGAUCAUCGGUGACUUCUACGAGGACAGAGCAAGUCUCGUCAGUCCCGCAAACUCAAUCACUCAUUCGAAUGACCCUAACGGCAUUCACGUCUUCGUCGACGCCUCUAACAUUUUCAUUGGCUUCCACGAUCAGCUAAAGCGUGCUCGCGACAUUCCGCAGCACGUACACGUCCCUAAGGUGGACCUUUCUUUCGAUGCCUUGGCUCUUCUCAUGGAGCGCCGUAGGCCUGUCGCCAAACGCUGCCUGGUUGGUUCAAAGCCCCACAUGGCCGCCUUCGAUGUAGCCCAUCGUGUCGGCUACGAAUGCAACAUCCUGGACAAGGUGCUCAAAGCGCGAGAGCUCACCGAGCGCCAGAAGUUUUUCCAGGAACAGGAGAAGAAGUGGCAUAGACGCAGCAGCGGCUACAAGAAUGGUACCAGUACUGGAGGAGAUAGUGCGGGCAGUGGCUCAGAAACGGGCAACACUGGUCCCGUCUAUGCUCCCGAAAGGUAUAUCGAGCAGGGUGUCGACGAGAUCAUCCACCUGAAAAUGAUGGAAUCUAUCGUUGACACCGAGACUCCUUCUACCAUGGUGCUGGCCACCGGUGACGCCGCUCAGGCUGAAUAUUCCGAAGGCUUCCUCAAGAUGGCCGAACGUGCCUUGAAGAAGGGAUGGAGAGUUGAGCUCGUCAGUUGGAGCAAGAACAUUAGUUUGGCCUAUAAGAAGGCAGCCUGGCAGAAGAAGUGGGACGGCCGAUUCAGAAUCAUCGAGCUGGACACUUACGCCGAGGAACUACUUGAUAUGUGA